AUGUUCCGAAUUCUUUCAAUUGGCAGCUCAACGAUCGAAGACAAAGAACAGGAGAAGGCCAUCCCGAGAGGUCUUCCGGCCUCAUGGUAUCAUUCAGAGCCACUCUAUGAGCUCGAGCGUAGAGCUAUAUUCUCGAAAAAGUGGUUGCUAGUCACCCAUAGGUCGCGCUUUACGAAGCCUGGUGACUUUAUUCGGUACGAGGAGGCUGGUUUCCCAUUCUUCCUCUGCCUCGAUCGACAGGGGAUUCUACGAGGAUUUCACAACGUUUGCCGGCACCGUGCUUUCCCAGUGGUUACCACCGAAUCUGGAACGGCGAACAUCCUGGCAUGUAAAUAUCAUGGAUGGUCCUACGGGUUGAACGGAAAGCUAGCUAAGGCGCCCCGAUUUGACCAGGUCCCUGGGUUUGAAAAGGAGCAAAAUGAUUUGUUCACGAUCCAUAUUCACGUUGACCAAAGAGGUUUUGUUUGGGUCAACUUUGACGCUCGCGAGUCUCCAGCCACGCCAUGGAAUGAAGAUUUUUUGGGUGCGGAUACGCAGGAGCGACUGAAAGAUUUCAAUAUAGACGAGUACGAAUUUGAUCAUACUUGGAGUAUGCCUGGCGCAUACAACUGGAAAACAUUGGUAGACAACUAUAAUGAGUGCUAUCAUUGCGGGGUCGCACAUCCUGGCAUUGCAGCUAUAUCUGAUCUUACAACCUACGACGUCAACACAGUGGGAGGGCAAAUCCAGCAUUAUGUGGAAGACAAGCCUGGAUAUGAUUCAGAUAUGAAAGUUGCGCCCACAUUCUUCUUCCCAAAUGCCUCGGUGACAAUGACAUCGCAUUACUUUUAUCUCAUGCGCGUAGUUCCGACGUCUGCGACGACCACAUCUAUGCAAUACGAAGUCUUCCGGCACAAGAACGCAUCGGAUGAGGUAUUCAAAGAGCUACACGAAUUUUUUAAACAGGUCGAAAAUGAGGAUAAGAAUCUCUGCAAUGGAGCACAAGUGAACCUCAAUGCGGGUGUUUAUGUCAAUGGAAAUCUACAGCCAUUCAACGAAAAAGUAAGCUCCCCAGGAGCCAAAUUCUAA